GUGCCCAAUGCCCAUCAGCUGCUCUCAAUUUUUAUUUUUUUAAUAGUUAAUAUUUAAUAUUAUUGAAAAAACCUUCCCUUUCCGUUUCUGGGUUUGUUGUUUGCCGUCGUGCUUGUGCUGGUGCUCGUGCUCGUGUUUUCCUUUGGUGGCCCGCGUGGUUGUGUCUCUCAUGUCUGGGGUCAGAGAUCCGGCUAUCAAGCUCUUCGGGAGGAAGAUUCCGGUGCCGGAGAGGAAGAUUCCGGUGGAUUCUCCGGAGAAACCCGAUCCCCUGCUUCGGGUUCCGGCCGUAUCUGAGCUGGAUGACUGUUGUGGGGCAAUGAAAACUGAAGUUGAGGAUCCCCUUGUAGAAGAGUCUAUAAAAAAAAAUGACCCCUCUGACUUGGAUGAAGAUGAAAAUAAUGAUGAAACUCCUACACAGGAAAAUAAGGCUUCUGUUAGUCAUAAGCCUGAGGAAGACCAAAGUGGUGAAAUUGAUUCAGGUGGCCAGGAGAAGUUUCUUAAAAAGCCAGACAAGGUUCUCCCAUGUCCUCGCUGCAAUAGCUUAGACACAAAAUUUUGCUACUUCAACAAUUACAACGUUAACCAACCUAGACACUUCUGCAAGAAUUGCCAGAGAUAUUGGACAGCUGGGGGAACAAUGAGAAAUGUUCCUGUUGGGGCUGGAAGGCGCAAGAAUAAGCACGCAUCCUCACUGCUUCGUCAGUGUGACAAAAUACCAUUGACACAGGUUGGCAUGCUUGAUUCUGCCUGUCACCAGGUUUCCCCAGCCUCUUCAAGGCCUGCCAAGGUAACUGGGGAAGUUCUGAAGUUUGGCAGAGAGACACCCCUAUGUGAAUCCAUGGCAGCUGUACUCAAUCUCAAAGACCAGAAGGGUGUCCAAAUAGGUUCUGUGGCUCUUGCAGAAAAUGGUGGGGAGCUCUCUUCGUCCAGCUCCACUAUGACAUCCAAUACUUUACUGGAUAAUGAGCUGCCGGAAAAGGAAAUGGAAAAGGAUGUUUUGCCAGGACAAUACAAUAAUUUUACUCCACAUCCGCUGCAGGGUUACCCUGGUCCUCCAUGGGCUUACCCUUGGAACCCUGCUUGGAAUGGAAUGGCAUUUAGAUCUGAUAGCAGCAAUCCAAGUCCGGUGCAAUGGGGCUCUCCACCUUUGUUGGCAGUACCAGGAUUUUGCUCACCAGGUAUCAAUUUCCCAUUUUUGCCCCCCUCAUACUGGGGUUGCAUGCCUGGCUGGGACAGUAGAAAAUGUAACAUGUCAUUGAUUGGAUCAACUAGUUGUCUGUCCACUUCAUCUUCUACUAGCAACAGUGGCUGUUUGAGUAAUGGUUCGCCAACCUUGGGGAAACAUUCGAGGGAUGCGAAUUUGCAGUCAGAAGAAAAAGCAGAAAAGUUUCUCUGGGUACCAAAGACAUUGAGAAUUGAUGACCCUAAUGAAGCUGCAAAGAGUUCUAUAUGGGCUACUUUGGGCAUUAAGGCUGAUAAGAGCGAACCAAUUAUUAAAGGUGGUAUUUUUAAAGCUUUCCAACCCAAAACAGAGAGCAGUGGCAAUACCUCUGAUGCUGACCAGGUUUUACAAGCAAACCCAGCAGCUGUGUCUCGCUCUCAAACAUUUCAGGAGAGCACAUAAUUAAUACCUUGACAGACUUUGCUUUAUUGGGCUUUUGUUAUAACUCUCUCCAUACACUAUCUGCUGUUGGAAGUGUAUUAUCAAGGUCUGUUGUGCUGCAUUCUUAAUUUAAUGGGGUGUAAGAAACUGGUAUGACAGGAAGAAGCUGGUGGCAAGUUACUUAUGUGCUCUUUUGUAAACAAUACAGGAUUCUAUAUUACAGUUAUUGUUUGAGAAUUACUGUCAGCAUUCACAGUUACUGUUUCAGAAUUAAGGCUGUAAAUAGUGGAGAAUCGAGGAGUUUAAUCAUAUACCGUGCUGUCAUUGGUUA